AUGAAGUUCCCCAUGGUGGCAGCGUCCGUCUUGCUGCUCGCAUCAGCGAGGGUUGCUGCAGAGCUUCUGACGGCAGACAAGGCCGAAGCCGACAUCAACACAGUCGAACUGCAGCGAGUGCUAUGGAACCUGAACAAGAUCGCCCGCGACAAUGGCGGCACCCGAGCCUUUGGAACUCCCGGCUACAAGGCAUCCCUCGACUUUGUCCUAGAGCGUUUGCAGAAGCGUUUCGCCCGGGAACUCGACACAUUCGUGCAGCCGUUCACCUGGACCUUUGACCAGACGCUUAACAUCUCUGUCACGGGCCCGGAGGGCGAGAACGUAUUUGUUGUUAGCCCCCAGUACAACCCCGCCACUCCGUUGCCCGGCGGCAUUACGGCCAGUCUGAUCAACACACCGGUUAACGACGCCACCGGAUCCAUGUGCAUCGAGUCACAGUGGGACGGCAUUGACGCAACGGGGAAACUCGCCCUGGUCAAGCGCGGCACCUGUGCCGUAGCCGACAAGCUAAAGUUUGCCAAAGCUCAUGGCGCUCUGGGUGUCAUACUGUAUAACCAGUUGCCUGGAACGGACUACCCCACCCCUACCUUGGGUGCUGAGAACAUCGGGCAGCUGGUCCCGGUCGGAAUCAUCCCGCUAGAGGUCGGAAACGCAUGGAUAGACCGGCUGAAGGCUAACGAGAAUGUUGUUGUCAACCUGCUCGUUGACGCUAUUUCCGAACAAAGAGAGUCGUGGAAUAUCAUCUCCGAGACCAAGGCAGGCGAUCCAAACAAGGUCGUCAUGGUGGGUGCGCAUCUGGACAGCGUGCAGGCAGGCCCUGGAAUAAACGACGACGGCAGUGGAACGGCGGCCAUCCUGGAGAUUGCCGGCUCGGUCAAGAAGUAUAAGGGCUUCCCACACAAGAUCCGGUUUGGUUGGUGGGGAGCCGAGGAGAACGGCUUGAUUGGCUCAUCUUAUUAUACCGCGAAGCUGUCACCGGCCGAAGCGGACAAGAUCAAGUACUACUUCAACUACGACAUGAUUGGCUCGCCUUUUCCCAAGUAUGAGAUCUCGAGCUACAACAACAGCGGGAUUGGUCCCAAGCUCCUCCAAGAUUACCUCGUGUCCAAGGGCAAGACGGUGGAGUUUUCGGAUUUCGACGGCCGCUCCGACUACGCUGGGUUUGUAAACCUCGGGAUUCCCGUUGCAGCUCUCUUCACGGGUGCCGAUGCCCCUUGGGACCCGUGCUACCAUCAGGCAUGCGAUGACCUGGACAACAUCAACUGGGAGGCGCUUACCAUCAAUGCAAAGGCAGCCGCUCGUGCCCUUGCCGUUGUGGCCAACUCUCUCGAGGGAGUGCCGCCACGACUCCUGGCCAUCAGGGUUUCAGACUAA